GGUCCCGGGCGAGGGGCGCGCGCGCCGUGGGAGCCGGCGCGCAGGCGCGGGGCCUUCCCUGCUAAGGGCAAGCGCCCGCAGGGCACCAGGGCGCAGGCGUGUCGCCGGUGGCGGAGCCCGAGAGGCGGGCAGCGGAUUUCCGGUUCCGGGAGCAACGAACGGCCGCGGCGGCGACAGCUACAGCUACGGAGGAAGCGGCUGCGGAGGAGGAAGAAGAGGAACAGGGCAAGGCGGGAGUCGCAGGCGGGACCCUCGCCAUGGGUCCGCGGGCCUAGAGCGGCGGGAGCCCCCGGCCCGGUGCCGAGCUGGCCGCUGCUCCUUCCCGUGGCCCCCAUGGCUGAGGACUGGCUGGACUGCCCAGCCCUGGGCCCUGGCUGGAAGCGCCGCGAGGUCUUUCGCAAGUCAGGUGCCACCUGUGGACGCUCAGACACCUAUUACCAGAGCCCCACAGGAGACAGGAUCCGAAGCAAAGUUGAACUGACCCGCUACCUGGGCCCCGCGUGUGACCUCACCCUCUUCGACUUCAAACAAGGCAUCCUGUGCUAUCCCGCUCCCAAGGCCCCUUCCGUGGCCGUCCCCAACAAAAAGCGGAAGAAGCCUUCAAAGCCAGCCAAGACUCAGAAACGUCAAGUUAAACCCCAGAAAAGUGAGGUCAGGAAGGAAGCUCCAGCGGAUGAGCCGAAGACUGACGCUGCCACUGCCCCAGCUUCACUCCCUGCACCUGGGUGCUGUGAGAACUGUGGAAUCAGCUUUGCAGGAGAUGGUACCCGAAGGCAGAGGCUCAAAACAUUAUGCAAGGACUGCCGAGCACAGAGAAUUGCUUUCAACCGGGAGCAGAGGAUGUUUAAGCGUGUGGGCUGCGGGGAGUGUGCAGCCUGCCAGGUGACCGAGGACUGCGGGGCCUGCUCCACCUGCCUUCUGCAGCUGCCCCAUGAUGUGGCUUCGGGGCUAUUCUGCAAGUGUGAGCGGAGACGGUGCCUCCGGAUCGUGGAAAGGAGCCGAGGGUGUGGAGUGUGCCGGGGCUGUCAGACUCGAGAGGACUGUGGCCGCUGCCGAAUCUGCCUUCGCCCUCCCCGCCCUGGUCUCAGGCGCCAGUGGAGGUGCGUCCAGCGGCGCUGCCUGCGGGGUAAACAUAGCCGCCGUAGGGGAGGUUGUGACACUAAGACGACUGCCAGGCGGCGCCCCCGAGCCCAGCCGCUGCCUCCGCUUCCCCCACCACAACCUCCAGGGUCCCCAGAGCUGCACCCCAGAACCCUGGCCCCCUCGCCACCUGCCGAGUUCAUCUAUUACUGUGUAGACGAGGACGAGCUACAGCCUUACACAAAUCGCCGGCAGAACCGAAAGUGUGGGGCCUGUGCAGCCUGCUUACGGCGGAUGGAUUGUGGUCACUGCGACUUCUGCUGCGACAAGCCUAAGUUCGGGGGCAGCAACCAGAAGCGCCAGAAGUGUCGUUGGCGCCAGUGCCUGCAGUUUGCCAUGAAGCGGCUGCUGCCAAGUGUCUGGGAAGGACCUGAAGAUGGGGCAGAGCCACCCCCAACUUACCCUCGUCGAAAGAGGCCUGGCUCUUCUCGGCGGCUUGGGCUGGGCACAACAGUGAAGCCCCCCUUGGCCAAGCGCACAGCCCGAGCAGACCGAGCUCAGACUCUAAUGAAGCAGGAGGCAGGUGGUGGCUUCGUGCUGCCCCCACCCGGCACUGACCUUGUGUUCUUACGGGAGGGUGCAAGCAGUCCGGUGCAGGUGCCUGGCCCUGCCCCGGCUACCACAGAAGCCCUGUUACAGGAGGCCCAGCGCCCUGGCCUGAGUUGGGUUGUGGCCUUACCCCAGGUGAAGCAAGAGAAGGCGGAUGCCCAGGAAGACUGGACACCAGGCACAGCCAUCCUGACUUCGCCUGUAUUGCUGCCUGGCUGCCCCAGCAAGGCAGUAGACCCAGGCCUGCUACCUGUGAAGCAGGAGCCACCUGACCCUGAGGAGGACAAGGAGGACUCCGCCUCUGACUCGGCCCCAGAGGAGGAGGCAGGAGGGGCUGGCACACCUGUGAUCACGGAGAUUUUCAGCCUGGGUGGAACCCGCCUCCGGGACACAGCAGUCUGGUUGCCAAGUCUGCAGGGCAGGCAGUCGAGGAAGGAAGAUGGACAUAAAGUGCAGGAGACCAAGCACACAUUGGCGCCCAGGAGCACGAGCUGGAACCCACGAGGAUGGCCUGGAACCCAUGUCAGUCUCUCACCACCUCCAGCUUCGAUGAUGUGGGUGUCCUGCAGAAGCUGGUGCCCUUCAUCACAGAGUUAAAUAUGCAUCUGGCCCAGGAAUUAGAGAAGCCGAAGGAAGACCCGGGCAAGGUGGAGCAGCUGCAGGCCUGAAUGCAGGCCUGACUGCUGCCCCACACCAACGAGGUGAGCCAGCAGAUAAAUGACAACAUGUGUGAACUGCAACAGUGCCUGGUGCCCCUGCACCAACCCUCCAAGUGUAAAAAACUAUGCUGCUGCUUCACUUCUGCCCUCCAGUUAUCACACAAAAUGUGGCCCAUCUUAUCCGGAAGCAUACGGGGAAGGGAGUUCUGGGAAACGUAGCCUAGUCAAGGUGACACAUUACAAAGCCACCUGCCAUGAAUCAGCUCCCAAGGGUCUCACUACUCACCUGAGGAUAACUUGAUAAACCUACGUUGGUGAAAAUGCAAAGCUGAAGACCAUGGAUUUCAUGGUGACCCCAGCAAGUACAGAAAUUGUCAAGGCCACCCAGAAAAAACUUGCUGGUCUCGGCUUUUUUUUUUUCCUUUCAUUCAUCGAGUAUUGAGAGCCUGGCCCAUGUAGGCGCUGUACUUAAUACUGGGAUACAAGAACGAAAAAGAUAUAGUCCUUGCAAUUUUAUUAAAUGCCUCAUUAUGUAUUACAAAUGGUGAAUGGAUUUCCAACUUUGUCAUGGAGUUUAAUGGUGAAUAUAUAGAAUGCAGGAAACUGUUGGGAGGACAGCCCUUGUGUGAACCUUGUUGGGGCAUAAUAGGAAUUGGAAAUAAUAUAGUUUCUAUCUUUAAGCUGUUCUAUUUUAAAGUUUUUAAAAUGAUUUUUGUCCCAUUUACUGAUUUCAUUUAGUGUUUCUUUGGGGAUGGUUGUGACGGUGGUAACAGUGUUGUUUCUGAGAAAGUGGGGGAUAGUGGGUGGCAAGAUCAAGGUCGGAUUCUGUCCAGUGACCUUGGGCAAAUCACUUCUCUAGGCACCCCGGGAAGGGCGGGGGUGGCAG